AAUUAGAACGCCUUGACGGCAAAUUUGACUUUGACCUUCAUGGGAGUGUCCCCUUCUCCAAAAGAUCCACAACACAAAAAACAUAGAACCAAACACAAACAUAAACACAAAAUAAAAGACAAUGUUAAAAAAGAUGAUGAGGAGUUUACGUGCCCCAAAAUUCUUCCACGACAGUAUAGCAAUAAACGGCCUCUUACCCAUGUCAAAAUCAAGAUAGAGCCUCGUGAAUCCUGCAGCCCGCCUCAUAAACGAAGACUAAAUGAUCCUGUAAUAUUGAAGCCCAGGUCUCCUCGAAGAAGCGGCAGAGUUAGUUCUCCGGUUGUCUUAAGGGACAGUGAUGACAUAUCUGAAUCCAAACCUAAUCUCGGGAAAAGCGGAUUAUUAGACGGAAACUCCGGUCCGGUUGUUAAACAGAAAGCCAACUUUGAAUUAUCAGGCAAACUUGCGGAGGAUACAAAUGUUUUUAAAGGUGUUGUGAUAAAAUACAAUGAACCAGAAGAUGCUAGAAAACCCACCACACAUUGGAGAUUGUAUGCUUUCAAGGGGAAUAAAACACUAUCCGUACUGCAUAUACAUAGACAAAGUGGAUUCUUAAUUGGCCGCGAUCGAAAAAUUGCAGACAUUCCUAUGGAUCAUCCAAGUAUUUCGAAACAGCAUGCUGUUUUGCAGUAUAGACUUGUUCGUGGCCUGAUCCGCUUGUAUAUCAUCGAUUUGGAGUCAGCAAACGGUACUUAUUUGAACAAUAACAGAAUAGAAUCUCGUCGUUACUAUGAGCUCCUUGAAAAAGAUGUAAUCAAGUUUGGUUUCUCAACACGUGAAUAUGUUGUUAUGACAUCAGAAACUGACAUGGAUGAUUCAUCUUGAUUAUAUUUUCUGUACAGUGUUUGUAA